AUGGUUCCUCCUCCGCUCCCAAUUCCUGAAAGAACCCUUUCUUUUUCUCGCACGGACCCAGACGUCCAGGUCGAAUAUCCACCACACCAUGAGCUCCCAUCUAGCAAGCCGGUGGUCGGACAGGGAGGGCAGUUCUCCAAGCCGACAUUGGCGUCCCUCUCUCUUGAAGGCAAAGUGAUCGUGAUCACAGGAGGUGCAAGAGGGCUGGGUCUGGUCAUGGGCCAAGGCUGCGUCUACUCUGGAGCUGAUCUUGCGAUUGUCGACUUGAACAAGGAUGAAGCAGAGUCCCAGGUCGAUGAACUGAUUGACGCUUUCAGAAAGGAGAACCCGGGAUGCGAAAGACUACCCCGAGUUACGGCGCACUACGCAGAUGUCUCAAAGCCGGAGUCUGUGGACAAGUGUAUUCGCGAGAUUCUCAACACCUACCAAAAGAUUGAUGGUCUCGUAACCUCAGCCGGAUUCACAGAAAACUUUGACGCCAUAAACUAUCCAAUUGACCGAAUGCGCAAGCUUUGGGGUGUCAACGUGGACGGUACCUAUCUCUUCGCCGUGGCUGUCGCCAAGCAUCUUAUGGAGCGAAAGGCUCCUGGAAGCAUUGUUUUCAUUGGUAGCAUGUCAGGGGCGAUCGUGAACGUCCCUCAACCACAGGCCCCUUACAACGCAGCGAAAGCUGCGGUCAGGCAUCUUGCUGCGUCAUUGGCCGUUGAAUGGGCUCACGCUGGAAUCCGCGUGAACUGCAUCUCUCCUGGCUAUAUGCUAACAGCUUUGACAAAAAAGAUCCUGGCCGAUAACCCCGAUCUUAAGAAGACUUGGGUGUCUCUCAUUCCGCAGGGUAGGAUGGGUCAGCCUGAAGAUCUGAUGGGCCCCGUCACCUUCUUGUUGUCAGACGCAGCUUCGUAUGUCACUGGCGCAGACCUUCGAGUCGACGGAGGAUACACCAUCACAUAA